AUGGUGCUCUUCACAAUUAUCUGCGCGACUCUUGUCGCGGCGAAUAACAAUGCCGGCAACACAUCGCUGUGCCCUGCCCAGCCGCCCGCGCUGGUGAAGGGUGACGGUUGGAACCCGGCCGCCAACGAGAGCUAUGCCAGUGCGGCCGCCCAGCGUCUCUCGAGGGCGGUACAGAUUCCGACUGUCUCGUACGACAACAUGCCCAUGAACCCAAACGACACAGUGUUCGAUUCGCACACGCGUUUCGCCGAGUUCUUGCGUCAAGAAUUCCCGACCGUCUUCCAACACGCAACUCACGAGACUGUCAAUGUGCACAGCCACCUCUUCACGUUCGGCGGCAAUAGCACCAAGGCCCCGAUUCUGUUCAUGUCCCACGAAGACGUCGUGCCUGUAUUGAAUGAGACGGAGGGGCAGUGGACGCACCCUCCUUUCUCCGGCUUUGUGUCCAACGAAUCGGAGGGAGCUUGGAUAUGGGGCAGAGGGGCCAGCGACACGAAGAACACUCUGAUCGGGCAACUUUCCGCGGUUGAACAGCUCAUUGCGGAGGGGUUCGAACCCGACCGUCCAGUGCUGCUCUCGAUUGGAUUCGACGAAGAGCACGGUGUCGCGUUUGUGGUGGAUGAGGGAUUCUCUGGUGUCCGCGAAGUCUAUGGCACAACGGUCGCCAGUCUGGGCAUGGCAGAAAAGGGCAGCGCCUCGUUCCAGCUGAGCCUGAGCACCUUGGGCGGGCACUCGAGCUCCCCGCUGCCUCACACUGGAAGUAGCAAGCUCGACGAAGGCAACCCCUUCUUGCAUUACCUCGCGUGUCUGGCCGAGUAUGCUGCCAACAUUCCGGGUGACCUGAAAAGCCGUAUCCAGGACCCGUCUCAGUGGCAAGGCCUAGCCGAUGAGCUCGGCAAGCACGACCGCAUUGCCAAUGCUUUCCUGACAACUACGACUGCCAUCGAUCUGAUCAAUGGCGGAAACAAGAUCAAUGCGCUGCCGGAGAGCGAGACUGCCCAGCACUACAUUGAUGUGGUGGUGCCAUACGCCCAGAGCCUCAACAUUAGCGUCACCGCGUUUGGACAGGGGUACCCCUUGAACGUCACUCCUCACGACACCCCCGUCAGUGAGCUGACGGGUGGAACGGGCACGCCCGUUCCCGCGGGCAACUUGUCCAUUGCCUACAUCGGCAACGAUCCUGGCCUGGAGCCCGCACCAGUGACACCGGACAAUGGGCCUUCCUUCAAGCUGCUUGCCGGCACUAUCAAGGCCGUGUGGGGCAACGACACCCUCGUCACCCCGACGGGCAUGUAUGGUGAGUGCACCGCGAUGUAUACCCUAACACCAGCCAACACGGACACGGCGCACAUGUGGAACGUGACCGAGAAUAUUUUCCGGUACACCCCCGCCUACCUAAACGAGUCGCUGAACCAGCACACCGUCAAUGAACGUAUCAGUCUCCGAGCCCACCUCAGCUCCAUCCAGUUUUACUACCAAGUCAUCCGCAACCUCGAAGGUUGGGACAGUGGGCAGUAG